AUGGACAUGGAUUGUCCGGGAGUUGCGGUGGAUUUCGACAGGGUUCAGGAGCCUGCAGCGGAGGACGAUGAGGACAAUAGGAAUCGGAACGAAGACGACGAAGACGGGGAGGAGACGGGCGACGAUUUUGAGUUGCACGACGGGCCGAUUAACAACGACGGCGGAGGCAUCUCCGCGGGAGGGCCCGGGUGGGAGGCGUUCUUACCGCAGGGUAGUCUGAGGGUUUUGCUGGUCGAAGACGAUGACUCCACCCGCCAUGUCGUCGGCGCGCUGCUGAGAAACUGUUCUUACGAAGUGACUCCCGCGUCCAACGGUGUGCACGCGUGGGAGCUGUUGACGGCGAGCGGUGCAGCUCGGUUCGACCUGGUGCUGACGGACGUGGUGAUGCCGGGGCUAUCAGGCAUCGGGCUGCUCACGCGCAUCAUGACGCGCGAGGCGCUCCGCGGCAUGCCAGUUAUCAUGAUGUCAUCGCACGACAGCAUGGAGAUGGUGCUGAAGUGUUUUCAGAAGGGCGCGGCGGACUUUCUCGUGAAGCCAGUGCGCAAGAACGAGCUCAAGAAUCUCUGGCAGCACGUCUGGCGCCGAUGCCACUCCUCAACGGGCAGUGGCAGUGGCAGUGGCAGUGGCACGAACGGCAAGGUGCUACGAGAGAAGCGGGGCGCGUACGAGGGCGACGGCGUGGGGUGCAGCUUCAAUGUGAAUGGCGGCAGCGACAACGGCAGUGGCACUCAGGUUCGUAUCGGCCCCCGUGCUGCUGCUGGGAUCGAUGUUGGGAACGAUGCUGGGAGUGACGCUGGGAGCGAUGCUGGGGGUGAUACUGAGAGGGAUGCUGGGAGGGAUGCGGGCAGUCGCACGUGCUCGCCUGUACGCGCCAGCAUUGGCCCCUGGUCGCAGUGCCGAAUGGACGGCUUGACAUGCAGCCUGGGGCGCACGCCCCCGCGCACUGACCCGCUUGGAAAACGAGUCAGAACCGCCGCUGCAGCCGGCGCAACAGGCGCGGGGCCUACAGGCGCGGCGGCUACGGCCGCGGAGCACCAUCUGGUGUCGGGCGCGCGCGUGACAACGGCGCCAACGCUGGCGUCGGAGGAGGCGGCGCUGCAGAUCGGCAACGAGAGCGAGGAGGGCGCGACGCCGCGCGAGGAGGAGGACCGCGAGAACGAGGGCACGUCCGCGGAGUCCACGCGCGAGGCGUCCGCGGAAGCCAUGCUGCUGGGGGGACUCACGCUCGCGGGGAAAGCCGGCGCGCCGGACGCCGUCGCUGCCGCUGCCGCCGCCGCCGCCGCUGCGGGCGCGGGUGCGGGUGCUGCCGGACCUUUUGGAUUGGCUGCCGUGGGUGCUUCCGGUCCUGCAGGAGAAGCGGUUCCGAACCUAGGGGCCGACAGGCUUGGUGGCGUCGGGAGCGGUGCUGCGCGGUGGGGGAGAGCGGGGGGAGGGAGGGGGAGAGGCAAAGGGGUGGCGGAAAAGGUAAUGCCUGGUGAGGCGGAGAUACGGGACGACGGGGGGGGCGGGGCGGCGCGGAGGGGGGCGGAUAAGGAUGGCGCAGCUUGCACCGGGCCGAGCAGGAGGGUGGUUGAGGCGGCGCAAGAAGGGUGCGCAGGGGAGGAUGUGGAGAUGGGGGAGGGGGACGAGGAGGAGAGGUGCGUGAGAGCGGGCGGACAGGCGAGGGAGGGGGAGGAGAAGAGGCGCGGGUGGGAUGGGGGCAUGGAGGUUGAGGGGGGAGAGGGAGGAGAGCGAGGAGAGGGAGAGGCGGGGCGGAUGGGUGAGGGGAAGGAGGCAGGUUCGGGGCUGAGGGAAGGCAAGGGCGGUCGGGAUCAGCAAGGGCAGCGGCAAGGGCCGCAGCAAGAGCAGCGCGAGCAUCAUGCAAAACAUCCCUUGAAAGUCUCCGCCUUCUCACGCUACCACACGGCCGGCCCAACGACCAUCCUAGCAGCCAAUCACACCCUGCCACCUGGACCACCGUCAGCUGCACCGCCAUCCGCCACAAACGCCGCAGCUGCCGCUGCGGGCGCAGCAGCGCUGCGCGCAGGCGCACAUCCGCCGCCCACAUUCGCGCACCAACCGCCAUGCGACCCGCUGCCACGCGCGCACGCCCUGACAAGCGCACAGAAUGCCCUUCCCUUCGCGCCUAUCACCCGCCCCCAUGACCAGCACGCUUCCGCCUCACAGCAGCAUCUGGCGGCGCAGCAUGAGCACCAGGCAUCGGGUGCAGCAGGCGCAGCGUCGCGCAACGUCUCCUCCGCGCUCACAGCGUCGCAAGGCGCGCUCGCGCAUGAGAAGGGCGCGAAAGCGGCGCAUGGGGUGCUUGGGGGGAAAGGGGCGCAUGGGCGGAAGGGCGCGCAUGGGGCGCAAGCUGGCCGAGUGGUGGGCUUCUGUGAUGCCGCCGUGGCGGAAGGCCUCUUUCAGAAAGACGCGCGGCCCUUCCCAGCCGCGCUGGGCGCGACGGGCGCUGCUGCUGCCACUGCUGUGCGCGUUGGCCACGUGCUUGUGGGACAAACACAGUUGCAGCAGCAGCAGACGCUCGGCACGCCUGGCGCGCUCUCGCACUCCCCCGCGGAUGCGCGGGGCGGGGGGUUGCUGCUGAGCACCUCUGGAUGCCCGGGGGGAAGAGAGGGCGGGGGAAGCGGCGGAGGGGGAAGCGGAGGUGGGGGAAGCGGGGGUGGGGGAAGCGGGGGUGGAGGAAGCGGAGGGGGAAGUGGGGGAGGAAGCAGAGGGGAGGGUGGUAGUGGUGGGGGAGGCAGUGGGGGGAACGGAAGCGGUGGUGGGGAGAACGGAAGUGGGGGGAAUGGCAGUGGGGGGAAUGGGAGUGGGGGGAACGGGAGCGGGGGCAAUGGGAGUGGGGGGACGGGAGGACGGAUCGGUCUGGUGCGGGUGGGGAGUUGA